CGUGGGCCGUGACGUCAGUAUAGGAAGUCAUUGUAGAGCAACACUGGAGCGAUUAGCAGCAAAAAGGGGGAGCCUGAUGUCGAGGAGUCAGCCCUAUGUAUAUCUCUCUAUACGCCUCAACUUUUAACACAAAGUUCAAUAUAACACAAAAAGGGACGUGGACUACCCACACUUUGCUUUUCCGCGUUUUCACUGAAUGUAACACCCUGGACCAUAGGCUGCCUGAGCCGCCUGUAAACGAGGAUUUUGUUUCUUUCCUGGGUUUAUUCCUCAACUCUUUUUAAAAAUUUCCCCCCCUUUCUCUGUAGCUCCCGAGUUAAUUUUAUUAUUUUUUGCUGACUUUCUUGUGAUUUGCACCGGAGGAGAAGCAGCUCGCUGUUGUUAUGAAGACUUCAUCCCUCCUUUCUUAAUAUGGAAGGAUCCAGCGGGUCGAGUUUUGGGAUAGACACUAUUUUAUCCGGCGCUUCUAACUCUGGCAACCCCGUGCUCAUGAACGGAGAUUUUCGCCUCGGCGACAGCAGGACAGCGGAUUUCAGAAGCCAGGCAACCCCGUCGCCAUGCUCGGAGAUAGACACUGUGGGAACGGCCCCCUCGUCCCCCAUCUCGGUCACCAUGGAGCACGGCGCCGAUGCGCAUCUGGUCCAGGACAGCCUUCAGCAUCACCACCAUCACCACAACCAGCCGCAGAGUUUGCCGCUGUCGCCUCAGCAGCAGGCGCAGCAGCAGCAGCCGCUCGCCGGGGCCGGCUGCGCCCCGAGGACUGCCACCUCCUCGUUUCUAAUCAAAGACAUUUUAGGCGACAGUAAACCGCUGGCAGCCUGCGCACCUUACAGCACCAGUGUAUCCUCACCGCAUCACACGCCAAAACCAGAAAGUGCCACGGCUCCGGACGGCUUCAGGCCCAAGUUGGAACAAGACGAGAACAGGAGCAAGUUGGACAAAAGAGACGACAUUCAGAGUGAAAUGAAAUGCAACGGGACUAAAGAAGAGGGUGACCGGGAAAUCUCCAGUAGCAGAGACAGUCCACCGGUGCGCACGAAAAAACCUCGCAAAGCACGGACAGCCUUUACCGACCACCAGCUCAACCAGCUGGAGAGGAGCUUUGAGCGACAAAAAUACCUCAGCGUGCAGGACCGCAUGGACCUGGCAGCGGCUCUCAACCUGACAGACACACAAGUCAAGACCUGGUACCAAAACAGACGGACGAAGUGGAAGAGGCAAACGGCGGUGGGAUUAGAGCUGCUGGCUGAAGCAGGAAACUACUCGGCCUUACAGAGAAUGUUCCCGUCGCCCUACUUCUACCACCCGAGUCUGCUGGGCACCGUGGACAGCACGACGGCCGCCGCGGCCGCCGCAGCCAUGUACAGCAGUAUGUACCGGACUCCUUCCACGCCGCACCCCAGCCUCCAGAGACCUCUAGUCCCCAGGGUGCUCAUUCAUGGCCUUGGGCCGGGGGGGCAGCCGGCACUAAACCCCCUAUCCAACCCGAUGCCCGGCACGCCGCACCCGCGAUAAAAACGGGCAAAAAAUAAGACGAUGACCAGAAAAAACAAAAAAGCUGGUUGAACACGUGAUGUGAGUAACUGCAUCGGAACCCACAUUGCAGGACUUUUUUUCCUUUCUCUGUCCCCCUCGUCCCUUCAAAAAAAGAGACACAUUUAAAGACAUUUUACAGAAGUAAAGGAGGUAUUUAAUAUAGGCCCAAAUACAGAACUUUGUGUGCGGGGCUACAGCGAGGACUGCUCAUGUCUGAUUGUUUGUUUGUUUGUCUUUUGUACAAAUACACUUACAUUAGCAAAUAAACUUAUAAAGUUUAUUAGAUGGAGAAGAACUGAAUGAAUAAAGUAAUGAUACUAAUUGA